CAGGCGCUGAGCCGCUGACGGCAUCUCUAACUGUUGUCAGAACGGGCCCCAUCGAGAAAUAGCGCAGCCCAGUUCCACCGAAAACCCUAGAAGUGAGCGCAGUCCUCCACACUCGCUGCCUGUUCGUUCGAGGCAAGCGGCGGCGGCGGCGCCCCUUUUUCAACUCAACAGCGGGCGCACGGCUCCCGCAUGCUAUUGCUGCCGCGGCGCCGCCCUGCUUCCACCCUCCGCCACCGCUACCGCUGAUAGAGCUAUAGGGCGACUCUCCCCACAACCUCCACCCAGCCACAAUGAAUUCGCCUCCGCCGCAACCCAGCCUCCUCUCGCUGAUCGACGACGCCAUCCGCGAGAUAUUGUUCCGCAUCCCGCCGGGUGACCCGGCGAGCCUUGUCCGCGCCUCCGCCGUCUGCACCACCCUGUUCGGUAUCAUCUCCGACCCCGCCUUCCUUCGCUCCUACCGGGCCUUUCACGGGACUCCCCCGAUAUUGGGCUACCUCCACAACAAAUCUCAGGAGAGCCACGAUGUCGCCCAAUUCGUCCCCACCGGAGCCUUCUGCCCGCUCGUUUGCGAGCGCCGCGACUGGGACGCGGUCGACUCCCGCCAUGGCCGCGUCCUCUUCUACACGCCCGAGGAGAAGGAUACUGACUUCGUCGUUUGGGACCCCAUCACCGACAACCAGCGGGUGAUUUCCGCCGGCUCCGAGCUACUGGAGAUUCUUUGUGCUGGAGAGGAGGUAACCUGGAUGACCGCGGUGCUGUGCGCCAAGGACGGCUGCGACCACCUGGGCUGCCAUGACGGUCCCUUCCUCGUGGCCUUCGUCGGCUCCAACAUGGUAGAGAAGACCAUGUUCGCAUUCGUUUACUCAUCCGAGACUACUGAGUGGAGCGAGAUGGUCUCGGUUGAGAAUCCGAAUGUCGUCGUGACGUAUCCGUUUGGCAGCGUCAUGCAUCCCUACGCCAUUGAAGAGAGUGGGCACACUGCGGUUGUGGGAAAGAAAGUUUACUUCGCCGUCAAGUGGGGCUACUGGAGCAUGAGAAUGGUGAUGUACAAUGUAGGCGAGCAGGAACUUUCACUGAUUAAUUUGCAGGACCAGGCGCGCGGUAUACUCAUGGGAGAGGAAGACGGUGCACUGGUAUUUGCGGCCAUGGAGGAGACUAAACUCUCUGUGUGGUCAAUGGAGGCUGGUCCCAAUGGAGUUGUGGCGAGGGGGCAACGCAGGGCCAUCGAGCUUGAAAAGAUUCUCCCUCCUCCUGCCCUCUCGUGGAUGGUAGGCAAUCCCUUCUUGGAUGGCAGAUGCACACCGGUUGGUUUCGCGAAAGGUGCCGGUGUCAUCUUCCUAAAUACAGAAGAUGGGUUGUUUACAGUUGAGGUCUGCUCUGGCCGAACCAAGAAAAUAAACGGAAAGACCUUCGAGCCAGUCAUUCCCUAUAUGAGCUUCUACACUCGAGAGCAUGCUGCCACUGCAAUCAAAAUCAUACAAGUGAACCGGCCGCCAGUUUGAAUGGUAAGAU